GGAAACUAUUCUCUCGAACGUACAACUGCUUCAUCUCAUUAUGACAGUAGAAUAAAACUAUAAUGUCAACACAAAGUAUCGAACCAUCUAGGCUGUUCAAUGACGAGGGUCUUGCGUGCUCUUCAUACGAUGGGCCUGUUGGAGACGGAGCGUUCAAGACCCAUAAUCGAACUCCGGACCAGAUUCAACGACUCGUUAUCACAGACAGAGGCGCAGAGUCAUACUUCAAAGCUUCAGUUCGUAUGAUUACUUGUGUUCAUGGUCAUAUGGAAACUAUCGACAAUAUACCAAGUCGUCCAGCAACCCUCCUUGUUGUCGAGUACAGACUUCAUCCCAAGUCCGGACAUUCGUUCAAUGAUGUCUACACCUCUUUCACGUUCAAAGAAGCACGAACCACACCUGUCGGAAACUCAGCAUCCCCUCAAGUGAUUGCCUUCGCGCCUUUUCGCCGUCCUCGUCAUUGGGACAAAUUAGAGUCAACUGUUAAAAAGACGCAGGACCUUGGUUUGAAACUCGGUGUUAGUGGUGGAGCCCCAGUUACAGCUGAAGUGUCGGGAGAUUCGUCUGUUGAGGAAACACAUUUGCAGCAAUAUUUUGCCAAAGGCGCUGCAGAUAUUCAGAACAACGAUGACACCGGACUAGACGACACCAUUUGGUGGACGCUGGAACAGAAUCGAAAACAAAAGUUAGGGGUGCUGCCAGUAUUUCGGGUGGCGGUUUUGAUCGAAAGACAGAAUAUGGAAGACUUCGUUGGAAUUUUCAAGAUGGACAUUCAUGGCAGCUUCAACUAUUUGGUGGGGCAAGUUGGGGGCCAAGUAUCGCGAUUCUUCAGGCGCACCUCACUGGAUGAUCCAGUCAACUUCUCGCCGACCAAAAUGCCCCUGCAAGGAAAAACGAAUGGUAUUAACCCAGCCUCACUGGGAUCAUUGGUAAAAGACGUGGGUGAUGGCGAUGGGGUGUAUCUUCCGGAGGACUUUCACAUAGAGUCAUUUCUCCCUAGCUAAGAGUUCCGAUGAAAGUCCUGGAAAUUCUCGAUAUCUGGGGCGGACAAUGACUUUGAAUCUCUUUGUUGAUCACAUCAAUAUAUUGUCUUUUCAAUCAA